AUGAGCAGCCAGCGUGUCCCAAUAGAGCCACAGCGUGUAGACGCGCCGCUCACACAGUGCGCCACAUUCCUCGUGGUAUCAGUAACCAACAAACCCGACGCAAUUGAAACCGUGCAAUCGACAUUAUCCGGCCUAGACAGCCUCGCCAAAAACGUCUCUAUCCGAGAUCUCGGCGCUCAAUUUGCCUGUACUGAGAUCAAAGGCGCAAAGCACACUGCCAUCUCCACGCCCGGGGACUUGCUCUUUCACAUUCGCUCCGAACGUCGCGACAUCUGCUUCGAGUUUGAGCGCCAGUUGAUGGACAGACUCGGUGAUGCAGUCACUGUAAUCGACGAAACAGUCGGCUUCCGCUAUUUCGAUGUACGCGAUUUGCUCGGAUUCGUGGAUGGAACAGCCAACCCCGUCGGGCCGGCCGUGCCAUCUUCAGUUCUUGUUGCGGAGGAAGAUGGUCCCGCUUCAGGUGGGAGUUAUAUCGUCGUGCAGAAAUACACGCACGAUUUACCUGGAUGGAAGGAUCUUUCGACGGAGCAGCAGGAGAAGAUCAUCGGUCGCACAAAGAUCGAUAAUGUCGAGCUUGAUGAUGCCGAGUCUGGACAGCGCUCGCAUAAGACGCUGAAUACGAUUGAGGAUGAGAAUGGAAUCGAGCAUGAUAUUCUGCGCGAUAAUAUGCCGUUUGGAUCGCCGGGCUCCGGUGAGUUUGGGACUUACUUCAUUGGUUAUACGCGUCGCUUGUGGGUUAUUGAGAAGAUGCUGGAGAAUAUGUUUGUUGGAGAUCCGCCUGGCUUGCACGAUCGUAUUCUUGACUUUUCCAAGCCGCUGACGGGGACUACAUUCUUUGCGCCUCCGGCAAGUUUGUUGGCUGGACUUGGGUCCGAUUGA